UUCUGCAUCUAGCUUCUUGGUCUUCUCAUCUACAGUAUCACCUCUUUUAUUUAUCUUCUCUGGACAUCUUGAAUUGAUGUGUUUCUUUAUCUUUUUUAACACUACCAUUCCUUUCAUUCUUAUUCUUGUUCUUUAACUUUGUUUUUAUAAAUUAACUAUCACACCCUAUCUUUCUUUUCCAACAAGCCAUGGCCGACAAGCCUCAUGCAGUUUUUAUCCCCCUCCAACUUCAAAGCCACAUAAAAUCAAUGCUACAAUUAGCCAAACUACUUCACCACAAAGGGUUUCACAUAACCUUUGUCAAUACUGAGUUCAAUCAUAGACUCCUGCUUAAUUCUAGAGCUCCUGAUUCCCUUAAUGGCUUGCAUGAUUUUCGAUUUGAAACCAUUCCGGAUAGCAUCCCUCCUUCUGGUACUCUUGCAUCUGCUGAAGAUUUUAAGAAAAACCAACUGGCUUCAUUUAAUGACCUGCUUGCCAAGCUUCAUGAUACAACAUUUUCUGGUGUGCCGCCGGUGACUUGUAUUGUCUCUGAUGGUGCGAUGCCAUUUUCUAUCAGUGCUGCUGAAACGCUAGGAAUACCUAUUGCGUUGUUCUUUACUAUAUCUGCAUGUGCCUUCAUGUGCUCCAAACAAUUUCGUGCACUAAAAAAGGAAGGCCUAGCGCCAUUAGAUGACGAGAGCUUUCAAACAAAUGAUUUCGCGGACAGAAUCAUAGACUGGAUUCCAGGAAUGAAGGAUAUACGUUUAAGAGAUAUUCCAAGGUUCUCUCGCGGUACGGAUCCGAAUGGUUGGUUUUUUAACGGCGUCAUGGAAGCAGUUGAGAGUGCUUCUAAAGCUUCUGCAAUUAUUUUGCAUACUUUUGAUGCUUUGGAGCAAGAGGUUUUGAAUGCUCUUUUCUCUAUGUAUUCUCGUGUCUUUGCAAUCGGUCCACUUCAGUUGCUUCUCAAUCAAGUACCUGACGAUGAUCUGAAGUCCAUUGGAUGUAACCUGUGGAAAGAAGAGUCUGAGUGUCUGCAAUGGCUUGACUCCAGGGAACCAAAAUCAGUAAUUUAUGUGAGCUUUGGCAGUAUAGGAGUCAUCUCAAAGCAUCAGUUCAUUCAAUUUGGAACGGGACUUGCUAAAAGUGGUCAUCCAUUUUUAUGGGCAAUAAGACCUGAUAUGGUCAUUGGGGACUCGCCUAUUUUGCCACCAGAGUUUAUGAAAGAGACUAAAGAGAGGGGCUUCAUUGCUAGUUGGUGUCCACAAGAAGAAGUGCUCAGCCACCCUUCAAUUGCAGGUUUUAUAACUCAUUGUGGAUGGGGUUCCACAAUUGAGAGCAUUUCUUCUGGGGUGCCUAUGCUUUGUUGGCCAUUAUUUGCUGAUCAACAAAUCAACUGUAGGUAUACAUGCAAUGAGUGGGGAAUUGGGAUGGAAAUUGAUAGCAACGUCAAGGGAGAAAAUGUGGAGAAGCUUGUGAGAGAGUUGAUGGAAGGAGGGAAAGGCAAGAAAAUGAAGAGCAAGUCCAUGGAGUGGAAAAAAUUAGCAGAAGAGGCAACUGCUCCAAAUGGUUCCUCAUCCAUGAAUUUGGACAAGCUGAUAAACGAAGUGCUUCUGUCAUGUCGGUGGAUAUGUAUGAUUAAGAGGCAUGUUGGUGGAUGUGUGGACCGAUAUAAAGCAUGGCUGGUUACACAAGGUUUCACUCAGCAAGAGAAGGUUGAUUAUUUGGAAACAUUUAGUCCGAUGAUUAAGCCAACAAUUAUUCAACUUGUCCUUACUAUCACUGUCACCUAUGGUUGGCAGAUUCAUCAGUUGAAUGUCCAUAAUGCUUCUUUGAAUGUCAUUAUUCAAGAGGAGAGAAAGAAAGAAAGAGCUAGAGACAUGACUAGCAAAAUUUUAGCUGAUCAUAAGCCUCAUGCAGUUUGUUUCCCUAGCCCAGCUCAGAGCCACAUAAAGUCAAUGCUUAAACUAGCGAAACUACUACAUUACAAAGGUUUUCACAUUACCUUUGUCAAUACUGAGUUUAACCAUAAACGCUUACUUAAAUCUAGAGGAUCUGAUUCCCUGAAAGGUUUGCCCGACUUUCAGUUCGAAUCCAUUCCUGAUGGCCUCCCUCCCUCGGAUGAGAAUGCCACCCAAGAUAUGCCUGGACUUUGUGAAGCUGCCAAGAAGAACUUGUUGGCUCCAUUUAAUGACCUGCUAGACAAGCUGAAUGACACAGCAUCACCUGAUGUCCCCCCUGUGACUUGCAUCGUCUCUGAUGGUUUCAUGCCUGUCGCUAUCACUACUGCGGAGAUGCUCGGGAUCCCUAUUGCUUUGUUCUUUACUAUCUCUGCUUGCAGCUUCAUGGGGCUUAAGCAAUAUAAGGUGCUCAAAGAAAAAGGUUUUAUACCACUAAAAGACGAGAGCUUUUUAACAAAUGGCUAUCUAGACAGAGUAGUAGACUGGAUUCCAGGAAUGAAAGAUAUACGAUUAAGGGAUCUUCCAAGUUUUAUUCGCACAACAGAUCCAAAUGACUGUCUGUUUAACUUCUGCAUGGAAUCUGUUGAGAGAUCUCAUUCAGGUUCUGCAGUCAUUUUCCAUACUUUCGAUGUUUUGGAGCAAGAAGUCCUGACUUCCCUUUACUCUAUGUUUCCUCGUGUCUACACAAUCGGUCCACUUCAAUUACUUCUCAAUCAAAUUCAAGAAGAUGAUCUAGAUUCUAUUGAUUGUAACCUAUGGAAAGAAGAAGUUGAGUGUCUCCAAUGGCUUGAUUCCAAGAAACCCAACUCGGUAAUUUAUGUGAAUUUUGGUAGCAUAGCAGUGGCUACUAAAGAGCAGCUCGUUGAAUUUGGAAUGGGACUUUCUAAAAGUGGUCACCUGUUUUUAUGGAUAAUACGACCUGACAUGAUCACCUGCGACUCCGCGAUAUUGCCACCAGAAUUCACUGAAGAAACAAAAGAAAGGGGCUUAAUUUGUAGUUGGUGUCCACAAGAGGAAGUUCUCAACCACCCAUCUAUUGGAGGUUUUCUAACACAUUGUGGUUGGGGUUCCACAAUUGAGAGCAUUUCUUCUGGGGUGCCUAUGCUUUGUUGGCCAUCCUUCGGUGAUCAGCAAACUAACUGUCGGUAUACAUGCAAUGAGUGGGCAACUGGAAUGGAGAUUGAUAGCAAUGUGACGAGAGAAAAUGUGGAAAAACAAGUGAGAGAGCUGAUGGAAGGAGAAGAAGGUAAGAAAAUGAAGAAGAAAGCCAUGGAGUGGAAGAGGUUAGCUCUCGAGGCCACUCGUCCAAGUGGUUCAUCAUCCAUGAAUCUAGACAAGUUGGUGACGGAAGUGCUCUUGUCAUGAAAUAAAAAAUGUUUCUUUAUUAAAAGAUAAUUAAAGCUCAA